GAGCAAACUGAAGAACUCUUGCAUCUCUAUAAAUUCACCAGCUUUGUCAUAAACCAUGAAAUAUAUUUGGUGAGAAAAACUGCAUUAUAGUUAAUCAAUGGAGGUCAAAACUCACAUAGCAAUAGUUUCAGUUCCAGUAUACAGUCAUCUACGUUCAAUUCUUGAGUUCUCUAAGAGACUGAUUCAUCUCCACCAUGAUAUUCAUGUCACAUGCAUUAACCCUACAUUUGGUUCACCCUGCAACAACACCAAAGCCCUUUUUGAUUCUCUUCCUUUAACCCUAAACCAGAUGUUCCUUCCACCAGUUAACUUGGAGGAUCUUCCACAUGACACUCACCCUGCAAUCCAAGUUCAGGUCACAAUCUCUCGUUCUCUACCUCUGAUCUAUGAUGCAUUGAAGGCACUGCAUGCUACUUCAAGGCUUGUUGCAAUCAUUUCUGAUGGUUUGAUAACACAAGUGCUACCCUUUGGCAAAGAACUCAAUGUGUUGUCCUACUCAUAUUUUCCAUCCACAGCAAUGUUACUGUCGCUUUGUUUGUAUUCUUCUAUGCUUGACAAGGCAAUAUCUUGUGAGUACAGAGACCUGCUAGAACCUAUAGAGAUUCCUGGUUGCAUACCGAUUCAUGGAACUGAUCUUCCCGACCCUCUUCAGAAUCGAUCAGGUGCAGCAUAUAAACAAUUUCUCGAAGGCAAUGAAAGAUUCUACUUAGCUGAUGGUAUAUUGGUUAACAACUUUUUGGAGAUGGAAGAAGGGAUCAUAAGAGCCUUGCAAGAAGAACAGGAGAAAGGAACAAUCCCUUGUGUUUAUGCAGUGGGACCCUUUGUGCAAGAGGAUCCAUGCAGAGAGGGAAGCAGCAAUGACAUAAAAUAUCUGAGAUGGUUGGACAAACAACAAUGCAAUUCUGUGUUAUAUGUUUCAUUUGGAAGUGGUGGCACACUGUCUCAUGAACAGAUAAAAGAGCUUGCUUGGGGAUUGGAACUGAGUGGCCAAAAGUUCUUGUGGGUGUUAAGACCACCUAACAAGUUUGGCAUUAUUUCAGACAUUGGUGCCAGAAAUGAGGACCCUUUUGAGUUUCUACCAGAUGGGUUUUUGAAGAGAACAGAAGGGCAUGGGUUGGUGGUGCCUUAUUGGGCAUCACAGGUUCAAAUCCUUGGUCAUGGUGCAAUUGGGGGAUUCCUAUGCCAUUGUGGUUGGAAUUCAACACUUGAAGGUGUUGUGCAUGGGAUUCCACUGAUUGCAUGGCCACUCUUUGCUGAGCAAAAGAUGAAUGCAGUUCUGCUGAGUGAUGAUUUGAAAGUGGCUCUUAGGGUUAGGGUUAGUGAGAAUGGGAUUGUGGAAAGGGAAGAGAUAAGUAGGAUCAUAAGGAAGCUGAUGGUGGGAGAAGAAGGCAAGGAAAUUAUUCAUAGAAUGAAAAUUUUGAAAGAUGCUGCUGUUGAUGCUAUCAAGGAUGAAGGAUCUUCAACAGUAACCCUAACUCAGUUGGCACUAAAGUGGAAAAGUUUGAGUUUGGGAUGUGAUUAA